AUCAAUAUACUGCACCACCACAUCCGCCACUCCCGGGCCAUGUGACCGCGUGGCGUCACAGACGUCACAGUUCUUGGAUCCCUCGUGACCAGACUGAGGAGGGGGGUGAAAGAGAAAAGAGGAGCGACGUCGAAACCCGCCGCCCGGCCGACUUCACUUCAGUCUCCUGACCGCCGCCUCGACGACAUGGACUGCGGCAUUAUCACCUCCAAGACGGUCCUCCUCUUCCUCAGCCUGGUCUUCUGGGCUGCAGGUGCUGGUCUGGCCUACGUUGGCGCCCAAGUGUUGCGCAGCUAUGGCAACUUUGAGAGCUUCAUCCAGGACAAGUACAUGCUCAUCCCGGCUGUGGUCAUCAUCGGCAUCAGCGUGGUCAUGUUUAUCUUUGGCCUGCUGGGAUGCUGCGCCACCAUGCGAGAGUCCAAAGUGGGCCUGAGCUUUUUCUUUUUGAUCAUCAUGGUGGUGUUUGCAGCUGAAGUGGCCGUUUUGGUGCUAAGCUUCAUCUACCAAGGCAAAAUAAACGGAGAUCUGGAUCACUUAAUGAACAACGUCUUUGCGAAGUAUGACGGUGAGGACCCCGAGACCAAGAGUGUGGACUACCUGCAGACUCAGUUGCAGUGCUGUGGCGUGUGGAACUACACCAGCUGGUACAACACGACCUGGUACAAAAGCCACAACAGCACGGUGCCAGAGUCGUGCUGUAAAAAUGUCAGCACACAGUGCACUGGCAGGUUGGAGCAGUUAAACCUGCUCAACUUAGAGGGUUGUGAAGUCAAGCUGGACCACCUGCUACAGGAUUUGCUGAAGUACGCCAUGCUGGUCAUUCUGGGCUUCGCCAUCAUCAAGUUCUUCGGGAUGCUGAGCGUGUGCGUGAUCGCCUGUAAAAGCGGUGGCCGGAGGAGCGGCUACCAGCCUCUUUACGCCUGACCAAAAAUUGUCACUUCACCACCUCAUAUCUGUUAAUUAUUACUGUUUUGGCAUGUCCCUUGUAGACUGUCAGGUGGAUCAAAAGCGAGAGUAUCCAGCAUGAAUGUUGUUUCAUUGCAUUUGGCUGAACUUCCCAAUAAUCCCGAGAGUAUUGCCUCCUCAUUUUUGCCACCUUUUUGAACUCACUCGUAGGAGUUAUUUUUUAUUUAUUUUUUUUUGUUUUGAAUCACUAUACAUUGAUUCAAGUUGUUUUUCCUUUUGUUACUCAAAAUUUUCAUUAGAAUGCACCCUGAUGGGUUUAAGGCCUUAUGUCAAGUUGCAAUAUUUAUAGCUGAUUUGAUUAAACUAACUAAUCUACAUUAGCUUUCUUUUAAUGAGGAUGUUAUUUUUUUUUAGGUGAGUUAUCUGUGUUAAAUGUAGUUACAGGUCCACAUGGUUAUAGUGUCUUUCUAAAAUAAUAAAGUGAGUAUUUCAUAUAAAAUUGGUUGUAUCACACCCUUAAUGCAUUGUGUGUUUAUGCAUUCUAUUGUGUUGUGGGAGCAUGGUUGUUAUAUUGGUGCUUUUUUAUAACAGUUCUGUGGAUUUCGUUAUUUUUAGAAUUUGGCGUGGUGGGCCGAAUAAAACGCUCUAAUACAAUAACAUUACCACAUUAUUGCAUUAUGUUGAUUAAACAUGAAUAUUGAGUUUGUCUAACAUUAACUUAUCUGUUUAAGUCACAGGAUAUUAUUAAAGCCACUGCUUUGAAAAAACAAAUCACUUUAAUUCGACUGGUAAAAAUUGGCUGCAGUGACCAGAAUAUCCUGAAAGUGGUGCAAUUGUGUCUAAAUAAAGAUAAAAACCAACAUGAAAUGGAGAAGAACUGAAAUGAGAAAUUUGACAGUAAUACAACAAGAGUGUUUUUCUUUUAAGAAACAGGCCACCACGCAAUAACACCAACUAUGGGAAAAAAUGUCAUAUCCAUAGAACAGGAAAUGAUAAUGAUGUGAAUAUUUGCCAGGUAUGACAUGUUCAUGUCAUUGUGUUUAGCUUGAUUUACAUUUCUGCUUGAUUUAGUUCCCUGCGGGCUGUGUUCUUUUUCCACCUCAUCUAUUUUUGUGUAUUGUUUUUAAUUCACCUGUCUCGUUUUUUCCCCACCUGAGGUGUGUUUUGCCUGUCUGUCGCUCAAGUAGUUCACCCAACUGCACUCUCCUGUGUGCUCUCAUCUCAAUUGCUGUUUGUUACAUACAUGCAAAUGGAAAAUAUUUGUUAGUUGUGUAUUUGUGGUUGACGGUUUAUCAAUAUAGGAAAAAAAACUGCACUUAAUGUUUCAAUUAAAAUGCACUGCACAUAAAAGUUAAAUAAAUGUGCACAAAUAAAAGUUUAAAAGCAAA